AAUCGCAUCAUUCGAGCUAGUGCCGGCAUCGGCAAAGACUCGGUAGAUUACAAAUUAUAUCCAUAUUCUUCUGUUAAGAUGAAGGAAAGCGUCAAUUCUUUCAAAUUCGCCAAGGUGUUUUGACCGAGUGGCAAGUCUUGUCUUUUUCCCCAGUGCCGGGUCUUUAACCAUCAUUCUCCCUCUAGAGUAUUAACGCUGGAUUACGCUGGGGCCGCCUCAAAUAUCCCUGAUCGCAGAUAACAACCGGAACGGAGGCCAAGAACUUGGUUAUUUCGAGAUAGCCUUGUCCGGUCACUCCACUAGGUCGAUCGGGAACGGAUCAUUACACGGUCAUGGCCCGAGUGAACGGAAACGGCCCCGCCUCCUCUGGCUUGAACCGAGCCGGCGAGGCCGAAGAGCUGCUGGAUGCUGUCAAGGGGUUAAUUAUUCCCUUCAUUAAGGCGGCCGAUGAAGCCGUCCCCGACAGAGCGCAUGGCGUUCCAUCUUGCGUCAAGUCGGAAGGCAUCCCUCGCAAUGUCCUUGUCGAGUCUCUCAAGCCGGAAGCUCUGGUCAAACAGAUGCAGCUCUCCCUCCCAGAAAACGAGGGCACUGGCAAGGAGGGUUUGCUUGACGUUGUCUCGAAGAUCCUGCGGUACAGCGUGAAUACUUGGGAUCAGGGGUUUUUGGAUAAGCUCUAUGCCAGCAAUACACCCGUUGGCUUGGUGGCAGAUCUUUUGCUGUCUGUUCUAAAUACCAAUCUGCACGUCUAUCAAGUAUCUCCGGCCCUGAGCGUAAUCGAAAAACUUACAGCCCAGCGGCUUGCCAAUUUGUUUGGCUUCACAGGCCCCAGGGCCGGUGGAAUCUCGUGCCAAGGGGGCAGCGCUUCGAACCUGACCUCUCUCGUCGUCGCGCGCAACUCCCUCUACCCCGAAACUAGGACAGAGGGGAAUGGUUCGCAUACUUUCAUUCUCUUCACCAGCGCGCACGGCCACUACUCGGUCGAGAAAAGCGCACUUGCAUGUGGCAUCGGCGCCUCCAACGUCUGGCCGGUGCCGGUUGAUUCUGAGGGCCGCAUGAUCCCCAAGGAGUUGCGCAGCCUGAUUCUCCGAGCCAAGGCAGAUGGCAAGACCCCACUCUACGUGAACGCAACAGCGGGAACGACGGUCAUGGGGUCUUUUGACCCCUUUGAAGAGAUCUCGAGCAUCUGCAAGGAGUUCAACCUAUGGAUGCACAUCGAUGCCAGCUGGGGCGGGCCCGUGGUCUUCUCCGCCAAGCAGCGAGGCAAACUCGCGGGGGCCCAUCUGGCUGACUCCUUGACCAUCAACCCCCACAAGAUGAUGAACGUGCCCGUCACCUGCUCAUUCCUUCUCACCGGCGACAUGGGAAUUUUCCACAAGGCUAACACCCUGCCGGCCGGCUACCUCUUCCACGCGGCUGAGAGGGCCGAGCCCGGCGACACCUGGGACCUGGCCGAUUUGACGUUGCAGUGCGGCCGGCGCGGCGACAGCCUCAAGCUCGCACUGGCGUGGAUCUACUACGGUGCCGCCGGCUUCGAGCGCCAACUUGACAACGCAUUCGACCUGGCGGCGCACCUCGCCUCGCUCAUACAACAGAACGAGAACUUCGUCUUGGUGUCUUCCAACCCCCCGCCGUCCCUGCAGGUCUGCUUCUACUACGCACCCGGCGGCAAACUGGCCGACUCGCCCGAGGAUAACACCCGGACGACGCGGACCAUGGUCGAGAAGCUCAUUCCAAGGGGAUUUAUGGUCGACUAUGCCCCAGGUGAGAAAGGAAGCUUCUUCCGCGUGGUGGUGAACUGCCAAACCUUGCGCGGCACCGUCGAGGGUCUGGCCAAGGCGCUGGAGGACGUUGGCCGAGAAGAGGCAUAGAGUAGAGUAAAACUAGAAACUCACUAGAAUAAACAGACAGAAGAUAAAAAUAAUGACUAGACCUUUGUUUCUGGCGCGC